AUGUACAAUGCACAGUUGAAUCCUGCAAACAGCAAAAAUAUAGUUCCAAGAAAUGACUUUCAAUCGCACAUGGUUAAUCAUCAGGCUGAUCGAAACCAAAUUCUAUCUGAGCGGCCUGAGACAUUAAACAACGCCGGGCUAAGUCCGAAAAAGAGAGAGAAGCCUUGGGAAACUGCCAGAGAAGACGAGGAAAAAGAAGGAUCUGUGGAUAUGCACGUGGAUAAAAAACACGGUAGCAUCAACCCCAUUUCCAAGGCCCGUAAUCGAAUCAAUAAAGAUUUAGACUUGUGGAACAAACUCAAUGCUUUACCAAAGUCUGUCAGAACUCCAGGUGUCAUUCCACGUCUGAAACCACAGUUUGUAAGCGUAAACAAGAAAAUAAGUACAACGGCAGUGUAUCUUUCCAGUAAAUACACUGAUCACAUCUCUACUGGGUCUAUGGAUCUUGGCUGGGGGUGUGGAUACAGAAAUUGCCAGAUGUUGAUGAGCUUCCUUGAACGACAGCAAGAGGAUAAUGAACCUGUAAUUAAACAUGUUAUCCACAUCUCUGGAUUACAGAUAUUAUUAGAAGAAGCAUGGCGACAAGGCUUUGAUCUUCCAGGAGCAUCGCAGUUGGAUCAUCAUGUAUACGGAACAGAAAAAUGGAUCGGUGCAACCGAUGUCUACACAAUGUUGGUUUAUCUUGGUAUCCGCUGCACUAUUAUUGAUUUCCACAGACCCUCUGGCCUCAACAAUGCUCAUGAUGCACUUUUUGACUGGAUUCAGGGAUAUUUUGAAAACGCAAUUAAAAAACCAGAAAGCAGCAAACCAGUACAGGAUGCUACAUCUUCUACAUCUUCCUCGACUAUCUUUUAUCUGACCGACCAGCCACCUCUUUACCUCCAACAUUCAGGACAUAGUAGAACCGUAAUUGGAAUUGAGAUGCUCAAAGACGGUCACCGCAACCUGAUUAUGUUUGAUCCUGGACGGCGUAUGUUACGCUCAAACCGGAAAGGACAGAUUCAUUCUAGUAUGCCUAUAGAAGAUCUCACCAGAGAUUCUCUUGAAUCUGGGUCGCCAGAGCCAAGCUGCGGAGGGUCUAGCAACGAAUCAGGUUCACAGUCAGAUGUAGAUCCUCGGACAGACUUAGAAAAUAUCACAUCAAACGCCGGUAGUAAUAAUAAUUGCAGUGCCGGCAAUAACACCAGAGUCUUGUCGAACUAUUCGCCUGUUAUUCCUGAUGGCUUACUGCGGCCAGUUCGAGUGGACUCCAAGACGAUUGCUAAAAACAGGCAGUAUCAGCUUUUAGUCUUGGGAGAAGUGGUCGAUGAUCGACCUAUUGGAGGUACGAUACGUUGGAGCGGAGAAAAGGGCUACUUGCUGACAGAAAGAGAACGAGAGGUGAUGAAAAAGGUUACAAGCAUAAGGGCAUUAUAA